AUGAGCUUCGCAUCUGUACUGUCCAAGGUGUCCCUGAAGAAGACCAACGCGGAUCAAGCAAUAGGGGCGGGCGAUGGCGGAUCAGCCAGAUUGGCGGCGGCGGUGGCGGCAGAGCGCGAGGCUCAUGCCCGGCUGCGCGAAUGCGAUCUGGAGGCGUGGUACGCUCGGCUCGAAGGCGAGACCUUCAAGACUGUCUUUGUCCCCCUUAGCCAGGACGCAGCACGUGCGCUGAUGGCCGGAUACGAGGCGCAGUGCGGCCGGGCAUCACUGAGCGAGGAAGCAAGCGCAGAGCUCGAGGCGCUGACCGCGUCCAUCGCCGCCGCCAUGGUCGAUCUCGGAGCCAGCAACGUGUUUGCCAAGCUCUCCUCGCGGAGCCCGAAGGACUCGACCCUGUGCGAGGCGCGGGCGCUGGAUGCAAUCAAGGCUGAGCUCGGUGAUGCGCUGGCGAGCGGCGCCACGCUCGACGCCAACACGGUGUUCCGUAGCGUCAUGGCCGCCGGCAUCGCGGCCCUCCGCUCCGACUCGGCCGCCCAAGUGGUGGCGAGCCUCAUGUCCUCGGACAGAGUCUGUGCCGACGACAUCCCGCUUGCCCUCGAGCACGCCCACCAAUGGUCGCAGCAUGUUGUCCUCCGCGAGUGGGUCUCGCUCCCGCCAUGGUCCGAGCUGCGCGGCUUUGUCGUCGACGGCAAGCUCACCGCUCUCUCGCAGUAUUUUGUCGGCGUCCGCUUUGACGAGCUCGUCGCCGCACGUGACGCUGUCGAGGCUCUGGUCAAGGCCGCCUUUGACGACUUUGCCCCUCGCCUCGGCAUCUCCUCCUGCGUCCUUGAUCUGGCCGUCGAUCUCGACGCCGGUCGCGUAUACGUCAUCGAGCUCAAUCCGUUCGGCCCGCCCGAUGGCCUUGGCACCGGCACCUGCCUCUUCAACCUUGCUACCGAUGCCGACGUCCUCUUCGGGGCCGCACCGUUUGAGUUCCGCAUCCAGCACGAGCCAUUGGCGUCGCUGGCGGACUUGCUCCGCGACGGCCCGCUCCGCGACUGGCUAGACGACGCCGGCGUCCUUCAGGCACUGAUUUAGUAACUUGAGCUUAGCUUACACCAUCGACACCACCGAGCUCGAGCUCGAGCUUGACGACGCUGACCGGUUGGCGCCAAGCCAACCUGCCUCGCACAGCCG